AUGAUUUUACCGAAAAAUGCAAGGAAUUUGGUUAGAACUUCGACAUCACUAAAAAGUUCUACCUUUUUUAUUACAGCAAAAUUUUCUUUUAUUAAUAAUAAAAGACUAUUAUCAACAACAGGGAAUCUUAAAAACAAUUUACAUUAUUCAAAACAAAAAUAUCCAGCUAAUCCAGACAGCACAAAGAAUUAUAUAAUUGAAAAAGCUGACGAAGCUAUUAUUACUUUACCGAAUGGUGUCACUUAUAACCAACCAACUGGUUUAUUUAUUAACGGCGAGUUCAUUAAAUCUCAAGAUUCUUCUAAAAUAAAAGUUGAAAACCCUUCUACUGAAGAACAAAUAUGUGAAGUUUUCAGCGGUACAGAAGCCGAUGUUGAGUACGCCGUAAACUCUGCUGAGAAAGCUUUCAAUCCGUCUUGGACUCAUUGUGAUCCAAAAGUUAGAGGUAAGUAUUUGUACAAGAUUGCUGAAAUUAUGGAAAAAAAAAAAGAUUUAAUUGCUGCUAUUGAAUCCACAGAUAAUGGUAAAACUUUGGAACUAUCCGCAGGCGAUGUUUCUGUAGCUAUUGACUAUGUGAGAUCUGCUGCUGGCCAAUGUGAUAAUUGUUUGGGUGGCAGAACUAUCGAGAGUGGUGAUGGCUAUGUCAACUACACUGUUAGAGAACCAAUAGGUAUCUGUGGCCAAAUUAUACCAUGGAAUUUCCCCUUGCUAAUGUUAUCCUGGAAGGUUGCUCCCGCUCUAGCCACCGGUAAUGUUGUUGUUUUAAAGCCUGCUAGUUUAACUCCAUUGAAUGCGUUGUUUUUUGCCAAAAUUGUACAAGAGGCCGGUCUUCCCAAAGGAGUGGUUAAUAUUAUUCCGGGCCCCGGAAGAUCUGUUGGUGAUGCCAUUAUUAAUCAUCCAAAGGUUAGAAAAGUUGCAUUCACUGGUUCCACUACUAUUGGGAAAGAUGUUGCACUAAAGGCUGCUUCAUCUAAUCUAAAGAAAGUUACUUUAGAAUUGGGUGGCAAGAGUGCUCAUGUGGUAUUCAACGAUGCGAAAAUGCCAACUACUUUAGAUAAUUUAGUUAAUGGAAUUUUCAAAAAUGCUGGUCAAAUUUGCUCAUCUGGUUCUAGAAUUUAUGUCCAAAGCGGUAUAUAUGACCAUUUACUUGCCAGUUUAAAGAAACAUUUGGAAGAAAACAUUAAAGUUGGUUCUCCAUUCGACCCAGAAAAUUAUCAAGGUGCUAUCAUCGGUAAAUCCCAAUUUGAUAAUAUCAUGAACUACAUCGCUAUAGGUAAGAAGGAAGGUGCUAAGCUUUUAACUGGUGGUGAAAGAGUUGGCACUAAAGGUUACUUUAUUAGACCAACUAUUUUUUAUGAUGUUAAAGAAGACAUGAGAAUCGUGAAAGAAGAAAUAUUUGGUCCUAUCGUAACUAUUUCUAAAUUUGAUACUCUUGAACAGGUGAUUACUAUGGCAAACGACAGUGAAUUUGGUUUAGGUGCUGGUAUAGAGACCCAAAAUAUUAAUACUGCUUUAUAUGUCUCUAAAUAUUUACAUGCCGGUACAUGUUGGAUUAACGAUUAUAAUUCUUUUCACCACGGUGUACCAUUUGGAGGUUUUAAACAAAGUGGCUAUGGAAGAGAGAUGGGUGUGGAGGCAUUGGCAAAUUAUUCUGAUACAAAAGCAAUUAGAAUUAAAUUGGAUAUUUAA